UUGUCUAUUGUCUGGUUUGGGGUAGCUAGCCAGUGGGUUGGACUACCUGGUGCGAGGCAAAAGGUGGGGGGCAGAGGAUGGCAGGGAGUUGUUAGAGAGCUAUAGUACAGACUUUUGUCAUGACCAUCGCCUGAUGCAGUAAAGAGUGAGACAGGUACUGAGGAGAAGCAAAAAAGGCCAGAAUGGUGAGGUGCUGGAGGCAUUCAGAAGCCAGCUUGGAGGACCCACAUUGCUUGCACUGUGGUCCUGUGGAUUUUUGCAGAAUUCCUCACAAAGUAAUCUGGGGGAGUCUUGCGGCCACGCUGCUCGUUGUUGUCAUUGGCCUUGGUGUGACUGCACAUCUAGUUCUACAGCACAAAAGACAAUCUUCAUUGCAGGUUGUCAGAAUCCCUGAUCACACAAGUGACUUUAUCAAUCAGUCUGCGUUGAUUGACAAGCACAACAAUGUAGUGACCUACUCUGUGACUUCACGUGUCAACCACACAUCCACUGUGAUUUUUGACAUGAGACAGGGGUUGGUAUGCUAUAAACCUGACAACCAGGACAGCUGCUUUCUUCGCCAGAUGGAAAGUUUGGAUUAUGAGAACGUGAAAUCUCAACUGAAUAAGUCAGAGCAAGAGGUCCAUCAGGCCUGGCUGGUGGGAAAUGAGACUGAAAGGCACACCAAGUUUUUGGGAGUGCUGUCCAGCAGUCGUGUUGAUGCCUCUAUUCUUCAAGAACCUCUUCAAUCCCUAUGUCAACAAGCCUCUGUCUAUUGGACUAGAAAAUCUGAUGGUCCCGGAAAACAAAGACUUAUUUACUUCUGCAUCGACAUCUGCUUUCCCAGCAACAUUUGCGUCUCUGUGUGUUUCUACUACUUGCCAGAGUGAGAUUCCCCUUGAUUCAUCACACGCCAGGAAACAAAUGCUUUGACAUCAGAGAGAGCAACUGGAGAAGAUGCACAAAUGCCAUAAGAAAUGCCAAUCUGGUGAAAAGGCGGAAACAUCAUCACGUUAUUUACCAUAUACUUAUCUUCAUUCUUUCUUGUAUUUAGCCCCAUUUUUGCAGUGGUGUUUAAACUUGGCUCGAAGACUUACUCCAGCUUGUUUCUCCUGUAACCUCAUGCAGAUGAGUAAUGGCAAACACUGUUGGUCUAUAAUAAAGCACUAUUGUGACAGUUAAAUAUAUGAAUGAUUUUAUCAUUUAAGAAGGGGGUAAUAAAUCAAAAGGUAAAUGCGUGCAGCUUGCGUUACCCCACGUUACAAAGAUGUAAUUUUUAUUAACUUUACAAGACGUUUGGGUGUGUACAAAUUGUUUUCUUUUGCAAAGUUAAUGUACAAAACAAAAGUGUUUGUAUUAUAAUACACA